GUUCACAGUGAGCGAACAGGAGACGCGAAGCGAUGGCGGUAGAUAUGUAGACGGUGUUUGCUCCACACUUUUCAGAUACCGUCGGAAAAGCUUGUACAACUCUGGCAAAUUAGAUGGAGUACAUGAUGGCAGACAGGAGAGAUGAACCACAGACAGACUUUAUCUACUGUUGUGGAGCCAUCACAGAGGUUCUUAAAUCUGGCUCCUGUCAGUUACAUUCUGGACACAAAGUUCUUUUUCUCAUCAUUCCAGGUAACCCAGGUAUAGUGGGCUUCUACAGGACCUUCAUGCAAACACUUCACAGUAUGUUGGAAUACCGCCACCCGGUGUGGGUGGUAAGCCACGCUGGCCACUGUGUACCACCAGACUCCUUGGAUAUGGUAGAAGAUGCGGCCUCAGCAGCAGAGGGUGACGUGUUUGGUCUGAACGGGCAGAUUGAACACAAGAUGGCCUUCCUAAGGAAACAUGUUCCCAGAGAAACCAGCCUGGUCCUGGUGGGACACUCCAUUGGCUGCUACAUUAUUCUGGAGCUGAUGAAGAGAAAUCCUGAACUCAAGAUUAUAAAGGCCAUCAUGCUGUUUCCCACUAUUGAGCGCAUGGCUCAGACUCCUCAGGGGAAAGUCAUGACCCCUGUGCUGUGUCACAUGCGUUAUUUGGCGUACCUGCCUGUCUUCCUACUCUCUUUGCUGCCUGAGGGACUUAAAGCCAGCCUGAUCAAACUGGUGUUUGGCUCCAUCCGCUCUCUUGACCACACUGUAGUCCAACCUACUGUAGGUCUGCUCAGUGGAGACUGUGCAGCCAAUGCUAUGUACAUGGCGGGUCAGGAAAUGAGAAAAGUUCUGGAAAGAGACAACGUAACCAUCAAGAAAAAUCUUGAAAAGCUUAUAUUUUAUUAUGGAGCGGCAGACCACUGGUGCCCUGUUCAGUAUUAUCAUGACAUCAAACAGGACUUUCCACAUGGAGAUUUAAGACUGUGUGAACAAGGGUUCCGCCACGCCUUUGUCCUUGAUGCAGGAAGAGAAGUUGCUGAAAUGGUGUUCAAAUGGAUCAGUGGAGAUUUAAGGACAUGAGAUCAUUCAUUCACUCUCUUACCAUCCAUUCCUCUCUGUCUGACACGGAUGACUGAUGACAACCCUCACAUCCAGACCAGGCAGCAGGGUUUUAUUAGCAGAAAGCAUGGAAGCUCAGUGCUGAAGAAAUAUCAGAUAUUAAUUUAAAUAUAUUUUUAUCAAUAUAAUGGUGUGGUUUGGUUCAUAAUAACCACAAUAAAAAAAACAAAUGUGACAUGACAACGGAUAUAAAGUGGUAUUACUCAUGUAUAAGAAACAAUAUAAAAUCAAACUAAAACAUAUUUUAUGAAAACACUUGUUGCAUUCAUUAUAUUCAGCCAUCAGCCACCAAGAUGAAAUGGGAAACCGUCAAGGCACGACUGUAGCAUUUCUCAUGGUUGAUGAUUAAAUUCUUUUAUGUUGCCAUUUUGCACUUAUGCCAAUAUUAUUUUACAUUAUUUUUCUCUUUUUUCUUCUCUUUAUCAACAGGUUAUGUACCACAGUCCUUUAAAGUAGCUGUAAUUAAACCUCCUCUUAAAAAGCCUACUCUUGAUCCAGGGGUUUUAGCCAACUACAGACCUCUAACCUCCCCUUUCUCCCUAAAAUCUUUGAGAAAGCCACGGCCAUCAGUUGUAUGACUUACUAGUCAGGAUUUAGAGUGCAUCAUAACACAGAGACAGCACAGGUCAACCUUACAACUGACAUUUUGAUUGCAUCAGACAAAGAACUUGUCUUUGCUCUCGUCUUGUUAGCUCUUAAUGUUGCAUUUAACAUCACUGACCAUCACAUGCUAUUGCAGAGACUGGAACAUUUACUUGCCAUUAAGGUAACCUCACUAUCUGAGGCUGGGAACUCUGAUGAACUUAUCCUCUGCAGCAGAGGUAACUCUUGGUCUUCCUCUCCUGUAGCGGUCUUCCAGCCAGUGUCAUCACAGCGACUGCACUUGAGGAUACAUUCAAAGUUCUUGAAAUCUUCUGGAUCGACUGACCUUCAUGUCUUAGAUUAAUGAUUGACUGUCGUUCUUCUUUACUUAGCUGAGUGGUUCUUGCCAUAAUAUGGAUUAUAACAGUAGUCAAAUAGGGCUGUUAACUGUAUACCAACUGUACUGCAGCACAACAUAACUGAUGUUCUAAAACACAUUAGGAAGGCAAGAAAUUCCACAAAUAAACUCUUGAAAUUUAACACCUGUUAAUUGAAAACCAUUCCAGGUGACUGUCUCAUGAUGCUGAUUGAGAGAAUACCAAGAGUGUGCAAAGCUGUCAUCGAAGCAAAAGGUGGCUAUUUCAAAGAAUCUAAAAUAUAAAACAUAUUCUGGUUUGUUUAACCCUUUUUCAUUUACCACAUAAUUCCAUAUGUGUUCCUUCAC